AGUCGACACGUCGACAGUACUCACCAGUCACUACUGGCUGCAUCUGUCUCCCUCCACGUCUGCGCGCAGAUGGAUUGAUUGCCGGUGGCUAGCGAAGGAGGACGGUGAUGUGGCUCUGGGGCUGGCCUUGGGGACGGCGAGGCCCGUCCGGCUUCGGCGCGGCGUCCACCGCCGAGGAGGCCACCGCCGGCGUCGACGCCAGCCAUCUCACGGCCAUCGUCACAGGAGCAACAAAUGGCAUCGGAAAGGAGACAGCAAGAGUCCUUGCACUGAGGGGAGCAAAAGUGAUCAUACCAGCAAGGACACUGGAGAGUGGCAUGAAGGUGAAAGAGAGCCUUGCAGAUCAGAUCCCAAGGUCCAAGCUGCACGUCAUGGAGAUGGACCUGAGCUCCCUCAGCUCCGUCCGCAGCUUCGCGCGGUCCUUCAACUCAUCUCACAAGCAUCUGAACAUCCUCAUAAACAAUGCAGGGAUUAUGGGCUGCCCCUUCCAGCAGUCUAAGGAUGGGAUGGAGCUGCAAUUCGCGACGAACCAUGUCGGCCAUUUCUUGCUGACGAAUCUCCUGCUCGACAAGAUGAAAUCAACUGCCAGAGAGACCGGUGUGCAAGGCAGGAUCAUAAACGUAUCUUCUUCCGCGCAUAAAAGAAGUGAUGGUUCAUGCUUUGAGCUGGAGAAGCUAAACGAUAAGGAUAGGUAUUGGCCGUUCAUUGCAUAUUCACAUUCCAAAUUGGCAAAUAUUCUCCACGCAAAUGAGCUAUCCAGGCGUUUUCAGGAAGAAGGAUGUAACCUCACUGCAAAUUCCCUGCAUCCUGGAUUAAUCCCGACUAACAUUGCCCGCUACGUCGUAACAAACAGUGUGCUGGUUUCAAUCCUCUCUGUGGCAAAGCCUUUUCUGAAGGGCAUGCCCCAGGGAGCCGCGACUACUUGCUACCUGGCGUUGCACCCCGAUCUGAAAGAUGUGUCUGGCAAAUACUUUGCGGAUUGCAACGAAGCGACCCCGACUGCCGUCGCAAGAGAUGCAGAGCUGGCGAAGAGGCUAUGGUCGUUCAGUGAAGAACUUGUAAGGAUCAAUGAAGGGAGAAGACCCAAAUGAUAUGAUCCAAUCUUAUCCGUAUGUGAUGUGGCUGUGAGUCUUGAGAGUGCCAGUGUUCCAAUUUCUUUUUCCAAAGGAAAAAAGAUAUGUUGUUCAUGUGUUGUCAGACAGUGGCGUAAGAUGCCCUCAUGUCUAGAACUGAAAACCAAGAGGUCGUACCACAUUGAAAGGCACAAAUGCACAAACCGGUACAAAACCUUGGAUCUGGUCAAUCUGGUUUCUUCAUGUGUGUUUGGAUGCCAGAAUUCGCUCUAACUUGGUCUGAUAGCUACAUAUAAUCUUGAAAAGUUUCA